AUGUGGCAAUCACGGUUAUCCACCAACUUCAACCACCUCUCAGGAUUUGCCACAACGGCGCCACGAGAGCAGGAACGGCUCCAGUGCUCCAGUCAAUCUCCACCUGUCAUUUCAACUCCUUUUGCUGGAUGUGCGUCGGUCGAGGCAUCCUUGCUGGAAGAAGCAACAAACGGUGGUGGUGCACGACACAUGAAAAGGCGAUGCGAUCUUUUCAUUCUCCACCACGGUUUUCGAACUUCCAUUUUUCUUCACUGCCUGAGCAAUCAAGCAGACAACAUGGCUGCUCUCACCUCCUCCGCUGUUGUGGCGCCUGCUGCCUUCCAGGCUGCCGUGCAGUCCUCCGCUGCCUCCUCCAAGGCGGUGUCCUUCUCCGGCCUCAAGGCUGGCGUCGCUAAGACUAGCGAGUUCGCCGCCAAGACCGUCUCCAACAGCAGCCGCGUCUCUUGCAUGAAGGUCUGGAGCCCGAUCAACAACCCCAGGUUCGAGACCCUCUCCUACCUGCCCGCGCUCACCGACGACAUGAUCUCGAGGCAGAUCCGCUACAUGCUCGCCAACGGCUGGGUCCCCUGCCUCGAGUUCGACCCCAGCGGCGUCGUGUACAGGGAGAACAACAGCGGCCCGGGCUACUAUGAUGGCCGUUACUGGACCAUGUGGAAGCUUCCCCUCUUCGGCUGCACCGACGCGUCGCAGGUGCUCCGGGAGUUGGCCGAGUGCAAGGCGAGCUACCCCGGGUGCUACAUCCGCGUUCUGGGCUUUGACAAUGUGAAGCAGGUGCAGUGCAUGAGCUUCAUCGCGCACAAGCCUUGA